GGGGGCGGGGGGAGUUCCGGUUCCGGUUCUUUGUGCAGCUGCAGCAGCGGCUCCGGGAAAGAUGGCGGCCCGGGCGGGUUUCCAGUCUGUGGCUCCGAGCGGCGGCGCCGGAGCUUCAGGAGGGGCGGGCGCGGCGGCUGCCCUGGCUCCGGGCGGGACUCCGGGGCCUCCGGUGCGAAUGGGCCCGGCGCCGGGUCAAGGGCUGUACCGCUCCCCGAUGCCCGGAGCGGCCUAUCCGAGACCAGGUAUGCUACCAGGCAGCCGAAUGACACCUCAGGGACCUUCCAUGGGACCCCCUGGCUAUGGGGGGAACCCUUCAGUCCGACCUGGCCUGGCCCAGUCAGGGAUGGACCAGUCCCGCAAGAGACCUGCGCCUCAGCAGAUCCAGCAGGUCCAGCAGCAGGCGGUCCAAAAUCGGAACCACAAUGCAAAGAAAAAGAAGAUGGCUGACAAAAUUCUACCUCAAAGGAUUCGUGAACUGGUACCAGAAUCCCAGGCCUAUAUGGAUCUCUUGGCUUUUGAAAGGAAACUGGACCAGACUAUCAUGAGGAAACGGCUAGAUAUCCAGGAGGCCUUGAAACGUCCCAUCAAGCAAAAACGGAAGCUGCGAAUUUUCAUUUCUAACACUUUCAAUCCGGCUAAGUCAGAUGCCGAGGAUGGGGAAGGGACGGUGGCUUCCUGGGAGCUUCGGGUAGAAGGACGGCUCCUGGAGGAUUCAGCCUUGUCCAAAUAUGAUGCCACCAAACAAAAGAGGAAGUUCUCUUCUUUUUUUAAGUCCUUGGUGAUCGAACUGGACAAAGACCUGUAUGGGCCAGAUAACCAUCUGGUGGAAUGGCACAGGACCGCCACUACCCAGGAGACAGAUGGCUUCCAGGUGAAGCGGCCAGGAGACGUGAAUGUACGGUGUACUGUCCUGCUGAUGCUGGAUUACCAGCCUCCUCAGUUUAAAUUAGACCCUCGUCUGGCUCGGCUGCUGGGCAUCCACACCCAGACCCGUCCAGUGAUCAUUCAAGCACUGUGGCAAUAUAUCAAGACGCAUAAGCUCCAGGACCCACACGAGCGGGAGUUUGUCAUCUGUGACAAGUACCUCCAGCAGAUCUUUGAGUCUCAGCGUAUGAAGUUUUCAGAGAUCCCCCAACGGCUCCACGCCUUGCUUAUGCCACCAGAGCCCAUCAUCAUUAAUCAUGUCAUCAGUGUUGACCCGAAUGAUCAGAAAAAGACAGCUUGUUAUGACAUUGAUGUGGAAGUGGAUGAUACCUUGAAGACCCAGAUGAAUUCUUUUCUGCUGUCUACUGCCAGCCAGCAGGAGAUUGCUACUCUAGACAACAAGAUCCAUGAGACGAUAGAAACUAUCAAUCAGCUGAAGACCCAGCGAGAGUUCAUGCUGAGCUUUGCCAGAGACCCUCAGGGUUUCAUCAAUGACUGGCUUCAGUCCCAGUGCCGGGACCUCAAGACCAUGACUGAUGUGGUGGGUAACCCAGAGGAAGAGCGCCGAGCUGAGUUCUACUUCCAGCCUUGGGCACAGGAGGCCGUGUGCCGAUACUUCUACUCCAAGGUGCAGCAGAGACGACAAGAAUUAGAGCAAGCCCUGGGAAUCCGAAACACAUAGGGCUUCUCCCACAGCCCUGAUUGGCUGCACCGAUUUCUUUAUUGGGGCCCUGUGCUGCCUGCCUCAUAGCACCUGCCUUGGUCUU